UGUUGUUCACUUCGACAGCUAUUCGCCCUCGAUUGCUGUCGCCUGUUCUGGUCCAUCACCAUGAAUUCAUACGCCAAUGUUCUGGAAGAAGCAGAGCGCCUGGGACUCGCCGCCGACACUUUGCAUCCAGACGGCACAGCCCAAGGGUCCGCGAGCGGAUGGGCAGAAACUCUGACGCAGCUGUUUGAGCUCCAGCACUCGAUCGGAGAGGUACGUUGUUGUUGCCGCACACCAACGAGGCUUGUCGAUGAAAAGUCCAUUGCAUCUGCGGCCCUUGCGCUCAUGUUGCACGGCUCGCUCUGCAUCUAUAUUUUCGGGAGGGGGGUUUCACAGCUCAACCAAAGCCUGGCGCAUGUGAGGCGCCACGAAGCUAUUCAUGACCUGGCCUAUUCCGAAGAUCUGGAAUCAAAACUUCAAUAUCUCCACGAGCUCAAGAGCAACAUCGACGCAACACUUUCUCAUCUGCAGCCAAUUCUGCUCAAUCUCAAGCAGCCGAGCCCAAAGAGCUUCCUCUACGUCCAACGUGAGGCACAAAGACCGGCUGUCGAACUGUUGUAUUCACUCUUACAUCUGACUGAAACGAGCAAGGAUCGGAUAGGCGUCGCGGAGUGGGUCGGCUUGAUGGAAAUGACAGAGUAUGCCAAGAUGGAUCCUCGAAUUCGAGAGUCUACCCGAGAGAUCAUGGGCCACUACAGCCAGCUCCACCAACUUAUGAAUAAUCUUGCCGGGUUAUCGGACAGAGUUCUCAUGUCACGGGGCCACAAUUAGUACUGCACGCUACCGAUUCCCGGCGUCCACUGUCUCAUUUCGGCGCUUCGGAGGUGCUCUGAGCACCCGAGAGGCCUUGGGAUAUGGGACAAAAGCGACAUCACCACAUGAGCCGAUGGUCGCCCCCGAGCCACUUGCAAACAAUCCCCAAGAAUUUGCCUAAUGCGUAUCAAACUGCAGCUUACACUUUAUUCAGAAAAAAACGGGACAAUAUAGCCGUUUCCAUGAACAUGUAGUAUGUGCUGUGCUUGCGUCAAGCAAAGCCACAAGAAAUAAA